UCCAGUUGGACCUGGGUUUUCCCCCUCGAUGAUGCAUCAGCUGUCAUCACCAGCAGACCCAGACCAGUGGGGUGUCGACAAUUCGUAUUCGCUGACGCACAGUCUUGAAGUAAAAGUCAAAGGCAUCGGACGAGGCAAAAAGUACAACCUGAUGGCUCAAGUGAUACCAAUAUAUGGCUUUGGGAUCCUCCUUUACAUCCUUUACAUAAUCUAUAAGCUGACAUGUAAGGGGAAGACUAAUAAAUCAGGAAGCUACACUACAGCAACCAGGACAAACAUGGAGAGUAUGACCACUACUGAUUAUGAGCUUGUCAGGCUCCAGGAGAGACUGCUGCGAACAGAAAGGAUGAUGGACAGGAUUGUCUCUGGGAAGAGUCAUUGUUCUGGGAGUGGCAGAAGGAGGAAGAGUAAAACUACAACAUCUAAGAAGGAGGAGAAACUGCUUAGGCAACUGAGACAGAUUACACAGCUGAUGCAAGAGGGCCGGUUGGAGGGAGCUUCCCCUGAGAUGGAGGCUGAGGAGGUUCCCUACAGUGCAGACUGGGAAGGCUACCCAGAGGAGACCUACCCAGAGUAUGACGACUCCUGUGAAAGACGUGCAUUUGAGGAGUUUAUACUGGAGGAAUGCACCAACCAGCCCACUGCUGAGGCCCUGGCAGAGAGAAUGGAGCAAGAGGAGGAGGAGAUUAUGGCGAGGAAACUGUCUGUAGUGGAAGAGGAAGAUGAAGAAGAAGAAGAAGAAGAGGAGGAGGACAGAGAGGAAGAAGUAAAAGAUGAGGAUGAAGAAGAAGAAGUUGAGGAAACAGAGGAAGAUGUGGAGGAAGAGGAGGAAGACGAGGAGGAGGAGGAGGAGGAGGAGGAGGAGGAAGAGGAGGAGCAAGAAGCAGAGAAAAGACAGUUACUGCUUACUUCAUCUCCCCGACCGGCUGCCAGAGGAAAGCAGGUCAGAAUUGGACUGGAGGUGAGCAAAGAGCUUCAGUGUCAGAGUGGAGGGAAGAAGCAAAUAAGCUUCAGUGAACACAAAGAUGUGUUCCGCUAUCCUAAAGAGGAUGCUUAUGAAGAGGAGGAGGAGGAGGAGGAGGAGGAAGAAGAGGAGAAGGAAGAUGAGGUACAGGAAGAGGAUGAGGGGACAGAAGUGGAGGAAGAGGAGGAAGCUGAUGAAGAUGAUCCAGUGAUGGAGGCAGAAAGCCUGCAGUUCAGCUGUGAAGGCGGCUCAAACCCGGAGGAGGAAGCAGAAGAGGAUAAAGAAGAGUAUUUGUUGGUGUCAGCUCCUGUGGAGGGUGAUGGUCGUAUCCAUGCAGAGACGCCUAAAGAUGUCGGGGUGAGCGGGCUGAGGAUGAGGAACAGGAGAGAGACGUAAAGGACUUUUUCCUGUGUCUACAAUGAGUCUUUGAACAUACAGUUGACUCAUUGUUCCUGAAUUCACACUGUGUUUAUACUGUGUUUAUAUUUAUCCUUUAUAUGGUUGAACUAUAGAACCCAUAAUAAACCGGAACAUUCAGCGCUGUUCUUUAGUAAUAAAUACACAUAUAAAGGUGUCCUUUAAAGCUGAGGUAGGCAAGCAUUUGGAAAAUACCACAAAGCAAAUAAACAACCCAAAAUGUGAAAAUAUACUGCCGUCCUGCUUUAUUCUAAUCCCUGUCUAACAAUGAGCACUCGACAACCACCAACACUCGUUUGUGGCUUCAUACAGUAUUGGAAUCCCUUUGAGAGUUCUUCAGCUAACCUAUUCCACCACCACAUCCUGCUCUAACCGCUGAAUCUGUUGCUUUAUGUGCUAUUGUACAUGCUCUGGGGAAAAGAGCUGUGAUUGGCUAAAGUCUCCAAUUGCCGGCUAGAUUUGCUACAGCAUGAAACCAAAAUAAUCUCAAAAUACUGAAAGGUCAGUAUGGGUUUUUUGUGUAAUCGUGACAAAAAAUGCGGCCUCGCUCAGUUUUGACACCAUGAAUAUAACAACAGCUUCUAAUACCCUCAGCACUGCAGCUACACUGAACAUGUAACAUAUGCAAGAUGUUUCCCUUAACAGGCUACACCUGCAGUGCACAUAUGCUGUAUGAAUGUAAGUUUGUGGUAAAAAAAAAAAAAAAAAACAUGAUGGAAACUCUCAUUUUGUCAUUUAUGUUUUUUGGUUCUGUUCCCAAUACAGUACUGUGAAACUUUAAGUGUGCAAAUAAGGUUCUGUAAUCUGGAUGAGUUAAAUUUACAGACGAUAGAGGAUUCUGUUAGGAAUAAAGUGAAUAAGCAGCUGCAGGUAGCUACUGGUAAAUAAAUGCAGACAAGGUGAUCACGUCUCCUAAAUCUCUAUUUUAUAAAAAGUACCUUUUUCCAGUAAAUAAAAAAAAAAUAGAUAUUGACUCUUUAUGACUCAUUUCUAUGUGAAAAGGCUGAACAUGCUUUGUACAAAUAAUAUGAAUUAAUUCUAUUCUUAUGUUGUAGCUGCACAAAUGCACCACAUGCAUGCUGCUCAGACCUAGUUGUCCUACUUUUGUUUAUAUUACUGUACAUUAAUGAUGUGCCAUCGGUUCUACAUAUGUUAGGAGUUCAACGUAGCCACAGGAUAAUGCCCCCCCCCCC